AUGGCGGCGACAUCUCAGGCUCAGUUGUUCUGCUUCCCCGCCGUUCAUCGUAGCCUACACAUCCAACAACGCCGCUCUCUUCCAUGCCUUUCCUUUCGCACCUCCAAGUUAUCAGUUGCUAUGAGUCUGGAGAGGCAUGAAGCAGAGACUGCUGAUACUGAAACACGAAAUUCACUAAGUUAUGCAGAUGAUGAAUCAAAAUUGAAUGUCGAAGGAAAGCAGGAGUCAUAUUCAAAAAUUGAAGAAAGUGGAUCAGAAAAAUUAGGGUUAGGAGAGGCAACGCAGCAAGGUGUUGUUGAUCAGCAGAAAAAGACUGCAAUAAUUCAUGAUUUUUGUUUAGGAAUUCCAUUUGGUGGAUUUGUUUUAACAGGAGGCAUUAUUGGAUUCCUUUUUUCAAGGAGUCCUGCAACACUGGCUAGUGGUGUGCUAGUUGGUGGUGCUUUACUAUUCCUCAGCACCCUUAGCUUGAAGGUCUGGAGGCAAGGAAAAUCGAGUUUACCAUUUAUUCUAGGACAAGCAGCAUUGUCAGGGAUCCUUAUCUGGAAGAACUUUCAGAGCUACUCAUUGGCAAAGAAAAUAUUUCCAACCGGCAUCAGUGCUAUUAUAAGUUCUGCAAUGCUCUGCUUUUAUCUAUAUGUGCUUGUCUCUGGAGGAAACCCCCCACCCAAGAAAUUGAAGCCAUCUGCCAGUGUAGCCUGA